AAACACAACCAUCACACAAAACAAACUGAACAUUUUUUUUAAUCUUUCAUUGAUUUUCAAUAAACAUAUACAAACGUAAACAUCACAAAAGCAUGUCACGGAAACAGAAAGACAAAAGAAGCAAACACGGCGGAGCAUUCUGGGUAACAGAUCGGAGUCCGAUCUGGCGGAUCCCACCCACGAGAUCAAGCCCAGAUCAUUCUCCUCACUGCCUCCCCAAAAAGACUCCUCUGUUGCAGGAAAAUACCUAGCAAAAGGAGGCUGAAAUACUGCCGGAAUCUAGCCGGAAUCAGCUCGGUUUUCUUCUUUCUCCUUUCUCCCGAAACCCAGAACAAUGACUCCCAAAUCAAACUCCAAAAUCAACUCCAAAAUCAGAACCGGCCACACUCAAUACCAGAAGAAAUCCCCUUCCAGCUCCGAAAAUCAACCAGAAAAACCCCUUCUAUUGCUCUCGAAGCUCAGCCGAAACUCCCCAAAAAAACCACAACCAAUCUCCCAGCAACAGACCCGAAAUCAACCCCCCAAAAUCAAU